CUCAGUCGUAUUUUCAAGUGUACGCCCUUGAAAUAACCACUCGUAUAAUAAGCGAGGUCUAAGCUCUUCCGAGUGACGCGUUUGUUGGGACCGAGGAUUUGAAGUCAUCUUUCAGAGACACUCGCCAGCAUCAACUGGUAACACUGACAAUGAGAGCAGUGGCGUUAGUUUUCUUCGGCCUCGCCGUGUAUUAUCGUGGACUCGUAGCUGCCGAGGAUGCAGACGAGGCGGUUGGGAAACUGCUAGACCCGUGUUUAGUAAGUCCUCUUGUUCAAAUGUUCUUUUUUCUUUUUAUUUUUUUUUAAAGUAUAAUUUUUAACUUGACUGGGUUACUACGAUUUACUGCACAACAUCUACGCAUGCAACUCAAACCAACUGCUCAUAUAAGAGCUUUACAAUUCUAUUAAUUAACCUGACGGAGUUGUUGUUUGAGGGUAGGGGUGCCACGUAUUUGAAGACAAUAUGAACCAGCUUUAAAAAAAAAGGGGUGGAGGGGGCGGCACUUUUAAACGAUUUAUAUGGAGGAGCGGACAUUUCGGGAGACUGCAGAGUUCUUUUUUUUUCUUUCUUUUUUUUUUUUUGGAUUGGGAUUAGGGGCGUCAAUCAUUCGCCCCGGUUGGCACCAACCCUAUCUCCGUCACCGAGUACAUGUCCUUUGUGAGCCAAAGGGUGUCGUGUGGGGCAGGGAAGGGGCAGAAGUUGUGGAUAUCUUCAACCCCCCCCCCUUUUUCCUUCUUUGGACUUGAAGCUGCUACCGAAUUCCGUUUGCCACCUUAGCCACUCCAUAAUGAAGUAUAUCCAAGUAGCAUAUCCAAGAACUAUACCAACUGUACCAAAGGCCCACCAAUAGUCACAACAAUUUUUUUUUUUAAAAUGGCAGACUGCGCUAGGCAGGACAUAUUGAAAGCGUGCCAGAAUGUAGAGUAGCAAAAGGGACCCACAGGUAGAAGCCUACGGGCAGAUGGCUCGUCGUCCAAGACAGAGAUGGAGCAACGACUUAAAGAAGGAUUUACAUCAGCUGGUGUUUAGCGCAUGGAGGCGGAAAGCCAUGGAUCGUUCCGAAUGGACGGAUGUGAUGGAGCAGGCCAGGGCCCUACAUGUAGCGCCAUUUAUAUUCAAACACAAAGGGGCUGCGACAGAAUAUCAAACCUAAAAUUUUCAUGUUUAAUGUAUCAUAAUUUUAAGACCCUUUAAACAUAGUUAUCUGAACUUACGUCACAUACACCCAUCGGCUUCAACCAACCACCCCACAUGUUUACCCCCUUCCCCCCCCCCCACGUCCACCCCACCUAUCUGGAAGACCGACCGCCUCCCCUAUCUACCCCAACCAUUGUCCCCCUCAUGUCCGCUCGACCCUUUCCAAAUUAUUUCAUUUGAAUAUUUUUGGGGGGUGUCCGAUUUUUAUUUUUGGUUGAGGGCAAAUAUCGCAUCUCAGUGGGAUGUACGCACAUCAGAAAACAUCCAGGAUGGCACCUUGUACAUGAGGACAGGACAACCUGAGGGCCGCGGGACACACGCUGUCGGGUUGCAAAUUUAAUUCCAACCGCAAGAACUUCCAAGAACUCUAUUAAUGUUGUUGUAAAAAUGUACGCAUCAUGAUGGAUUAUCUCGGAAAGCCUUUGAAAAUGAAUGAGCCCAGAGGAAAGCUGUCAAAUUAAUAAGAAGAAACAUUUUUCUACAACUUAUUCUGGAGCCCAUGUCCGAACAUAACACGGGAUGAGUGGUUAAUGUCCAUGCUUAAUGAAGUAUAUAAUGACGUAUAAAAGAAGAUUAUCAUGCUGCCCGCAUUAGAAAUAUUAUGUCCAUAUGGUCCACCAAAUCAAAAAAAAAGGGAAUUUCCUUAUAAUCCGCCAAAUCAAAAAUAAUAUCGAUAUGGCCCGCGCAAUAAAAAAAAUAUUUUCAUAUGGCCCGCCAAAUCAACAACAAAAAAUUUCCCUACGGGCCUGUCAGAGGCGUAGCGAGGGUGUUUUGCGCCCGGGGACAAGAUUCGCGCCCGGGGACAAGAUUCGCGUCCGGGGACAACAUUCGCGCCCGGGGACAAGAUCUAUUUUUAAGCGCCCCCUCAUCUUUUUUUCAACUCUCAAACACAUUAUUUUUACCACUAAUAUAAUAUCAAAGCACAUUUUGGUGCCCCUAACUAUCUUGCGCCCGGGGACAUCUGUCCCCCCCCCUAUCCCCCACCCAUCGCUACGCCUCUAGGGCCUGUAUCAGCGAUGAGCUCUUGUUUGCAUUGGACAGCGGUAAUGUCUUCAUCUUGAACCUUUCAAAUCUCAGUGCGGCCAGUCAAUUCUGGUUUAGUUUUGGCUUGGUUUCGGUACUACCUAUCAGUGGAUCCAACAGUAUGUCAAUAUCAAAAUCCACAAAUUUGAUCCACUGCUAUGUCCACCGCUAAAUACAAUACCGGCUCCAUUACCAUAAUUGAUUCCCUACCUGCCUAUUUGAUCCAACACUAAAUCAACUAAUUUAUCCAACACUGGACCCACUAUUAGAUCCACGUAUAGAUCCACCACAAGAUACCUAGCUAUAGAUCCACCACUAGAUCCACUAUUUGAUUCACGAUUAGAUCCACAUAUAAAUCCACCUCUAGAUCCCUUGACUAGAUCCAGUCACUUAUAAGACUUCUUGAUCAACUACGAGAUCCCCGACAAGAUCCACAUAUCAAUUCACCACAAGAUCCAUGCCUAUAGACUAUAGAUCCACCAGUAGAUCCACUUCUAGAUGCACUCCCUUAUAAGACUGCUUAAUCCACUACGACCGCUAGAGCAACCGCCCACUUUUAUCCAUGGAAUCAUAUCCAAUCGAUCCACCUCUCCUCCCAGGCCCAGGGUCUCACCAAACCCCAGGAAGGACCGUGCCUGAAAUGUCGGUGCGUCAGUGACACUGCCCAGCCCAAGUACGAGUGUACCGUCACGGAAUGCAUGAGGGGUCAGUGCGUGGAUGGCCACACACCGCCAGGCGAGUGUUGUCCCGUCUGUCCAAACGGUGAGUAGUUUUGAACUUACUUUUUGUUUUUAAAAUAUAGCGCCCCCGCCUCCCCCCCCCCCAAUUCCCUCACACACACAAUAAACAAAGAAAAAAUAAUUCUUUAAUACAGAAAAUAUAAUAAAUACAUUUCAUAAUAAUUAAUGUAAAACAACAAAUCUCCCUUGAUUUCCAGGUCGUAACUGUGAGGCCAAUGGCCAGGUCAUACCGUUCGGCCCGGUAGUGGAGCUCGAUAACGGUGACCAGUGCUACUGCGCCAACGUCCAGGGCCGUUGGGGGGAGCUGGAAGCCGUCUGCCAAACUCCGCUGACGCAGCCGUACGACUAGCUGACCUUCUGGAAGGACGGGACGACGUAUGCCGCGCACGACUGACGCACCGCAACAACUAAAGCUACUCACUUAUACCGUGAAAUCAAAUGUGUUUUCCAUUAUUUACUUCCUGUCUCUUUUAAGAGUUCUCCAAUGGGGUUACACUUUUCCUGUCCUAUUACCCGGGGGGGGGGGGCGCGGGCUUUGCUAAUUAAAUGUUUCCAACGCUAUUUUCAGAUACACCCCCAAUUUUAAACUCACGCGGAUGAAGCAAACCUUGAUAAUUUUUGACUGACCUUUUUUUAACUCCGUUUGGGGACGCUGCGGGGGGUUUAAAUUCUUAGGAUACUUCAAAUUUUUUUUUUUUUUUUUUUUUUUGAGCGGGAUGAGGGGCGUCAAUGAUUACACGCCCUCGGUGGCCUACGUUAACUCCGUCCCUGAAUACACGCCCUUUUUGAACCUAUUUAUCCAAAGGGUGUGGUGUGGGGGCAGGGAAGGGGCAGUUGGUGUGGACCUCUUUUUUUUUCCGCUUCCGUCUUUUGAUUUGACGUUGUGUUCCGUAUCCCGUGUUAACCUGAGUUUGCCCACCUUAGCCACCCCAUAAUGAAGCCUCACAAGUAGCAUAUCCAAGAGCUAGACCAACUGUACCAAAGGCCCACCCAUGUGUGUCCGAUUUUUAUUUUUGGUUUAGGGCAAAUAUCGCAUCCCAGUGUGAUGCACACAUCAGAAACAUCCAGGAUGGCACCUUGUACAUCAGGACCGGACAACCUGUGGGCCGCGGGACAGGCGCUGUCGGCUGGCAAAAUUAAUUCCAACCGCAAGAACUUCCAAGAACUCGAUUAACGUUGUUGUAAAACUGUGAGCAUCGUGAUGGAUUAACUCUGAAAGCCUUAAAAAAAUUAAUGAUCACAGAGUAAAGUUAUCAAAUUAAUAAGAAGAAAUUAUUAUUUUUUCCAAUUAUUCUGGAGCUCAUUUCCAAACAUAAACACGGGAUGAGAGGUCAAUGUCCAUUUUUUAUGACGUAUAUGACGUAUAAAAAAGAGUAUCAUGCUGUCCACAUCAGAAAUAUGUCUAUAUUGCCCGCCAAAUCAAAAAUAAUAUCGAUAAUGGCCCGCAAAAUAAAAAAUAAUAUCGAUAUGGCCCGCGAAAUAAAAAAAAAAAUUGUUAAUAUGGCUCGCCAAAUAAAAAAUAAUUUCCCCGUGGGCCUAUAUUAGCAGUGAGCUCUUGCUUGCAUUGGACAGUGGUAAUGUCUCCAUCUUGAUCCUUUUAGAUUUCAGUGCGGCCUUUGAUACCGUUGACCAUCAAACCCUUUUCAAAACCCUCUUCAAAACCCUUGAAAAUUACUUUGGCAAUGCCGGUUUAGUUUUGUCUUGGUUUCGGUCCCUCCUGUCCGAUAGAAAGCACGCGGUCGCUGUCGAUGGUUGUCUCUCCCGUAGUGCUGACUUGGUGUAUGGAGUGCCACAGGGUACGUUUUGGGUCCCGUCCGAUUCACAAUGUAUCCCAGGCUACUUAUCCUCCUGCUCAGGAGGCAUGCUGUUGAGAGCCAGUCUUUUGCAGAUGACAUGCAGCUAUACAAGCAUAUCUAUCCCACUCUUGUCAACUCCGCUAUCCACACCUUGCAGGAGUGCAUUGGCGAUGUCAAAUUAUGGAUGUCUGUCAGCUAUUUGAAGCUUAACGAUGACAAAACGCAAGCAAUCCUCAUUCACAAUCAUGAAUUAUCCUCUAACUCAGCUCUCCCCAUCUCGUUUCAAGUAGGUAGCUACCCUCUAGGAAUCUUGGUUACAUUCUUUCUGACAACAUGUCUCUCAAUAAUCAUUAUUUCUCACAUCUGUCGCUCUGCGUACACCGCUUUUUGUCAGCUCAGCUCCAUCCGCCACUACCUCACAGUUAGCGCAACGAAAACACUAGUCUGUGCUCUCCUUCUCUCUCGUCUUGACAUUUGCAACUCUCUUCUUUCAGAUUCACCAAAACAUUUCAUAGAAAAACCUCAGAAAAUUCAAAAUUCAGCUGCUAGGUUUAUUCUAAAGGCAAAGAAACGUGAUCACGUCACUACACGACUUCACUCAUAACAUUGGCUCCAUUCACAGGCUCGCAUUAAUUGCAGGCUGUCUGUUCCCUGCUACAACUUUUUCUCUGUUUCCUGCCCUUCCUAUCUUACUAAACUUCUUUCUGUCUAUUCACCCCUUCGAAAGCUUCGUUUCUCCGCAGACACGCGUGUUCUUUCUUUUCCCUAGAACACGCACUAAAACUUAUGGUGAACGAUCUUUCUCUUUCUGUGCCCCCAAACAAUGGACUUCUCUCGCAUUAUACAUCCUCAAUAUACCGACAUUAACAGCCUCCAAAACCUGCCGUCAAGACCCAUCUCUUCAAACUGUGCUAUACCGACUCAUUCUCAUCCCACUCCCACCUCUAACUGAUAAACAAUGCUCGGUGCUGCUGGGUGCUGUCCAUGGCUAGACAAGGGUAGACAGUACUUAGGUGGGGGAGGUUAAGCUUUAUACCUACUGUUGUUUUAAAAUGUAAAAUUUUCUGGAAUUGCUAAUUUUCAUGUGAAGCGCAGAGGGCCUAGUUCUAUGCUGGGGUAGCAGUGAGCCUAGCCCUAUGCUGGGGUAGCAGUGAGCCUAGCCCUAUGCUGGGGUAGCAGUGAGCCUAGCCCUAUGCUGGGGUAGCAGUGAGCCUAGCCCAAUACUGGGUUAGCAGUGAGCCUAGCCCUAUGCUGGGGUAGCAGUGAGCCUAGGCCUAUGCUGAGGUAGCAGUGAGCCAAGCCCUUUGCUGGGGUAGCAGUGAGCCUAGCCCUAUGGUGAGGUAGCAGUGAGCCUAGUCCCAUGCUGGGGUAGCAGUGAGCCUAGGCCUAUGCUGGGUUAGCAGUGAGCCUAGCCCUAUGCUGAGAUAGCAGUGAGCCUAGCCCUAUGCUGGGGUAGUAGUUAGCCUAGCCCUAUGCUGGGGUAGCAGUGAGCUUAGCCCUAUGCUGGGGUAGCAGUGAGCCUAGCCCUAUGCUGGGGUAGCAGUGAGCCNAGCCUAGUCCUAUGCUGGGGUAGCAGUGAGCCUAGUCCUAUGCUGGGGUAGCAGUGAGCCUAGUCCUAUGCUGGGGUAGCAGUGAGCCUAGUCCUAUGCUGGGGUAGCAGUGAGCCUAGUCCUAUGCUGGGGUAGCAGUGAGCCUAGUCCUAUGCUGGGGUAGCAGUGAGCCUAGUCCUAUGCUGGGGUAGCAGUGAGCCUAGUCCUAUGCUGGGGUAGCAGUGAGCCUAGUCCUAUGCUGGGGUAGCAGUGAGCCUAGUCCUAUGCUGGGGUAGCAGUGAGCCUAGUCCUAUGCUGGGGUAGCAGUGAGCCUAGUCCUAUGCUGGGGUAGCAGUGAGCCUAGUCCUAUGCUGGGGUAGCAGUGAGCCUAGUCCUAUGCUGGGGUAGCAGUGAGCCUAGUCGUAUGCGGGGGUAGCAGUGAGCCUAGUCCUAUGCUGGGGUAGCAGUGAGCCUAGUCCUAUGCUGGGGUAGCAGUGAGCCUAGCCUUAUGCUGGGGUAGCAGUGAGCCAAGCCCUAUGCUGGGGUAGCAGUGAGCCAAGCCCUAUGCUGGGGUAGCAGUGAGCCAAGCCCUAUGCUGGGGUACUUCGCAUCAUAAAAACACCUUAAUAAUAAUAAAAAAUAUGCUCAAUAAAAAAAAAAGUUUCCUUUGUUGUACAAGAUAUGUUCGAAAAUUCUCACGCUGUUUUGGUUUUCACCAGGGUGUAACGAAACCGGAAGAGACGCCAUGUUACGUCUGCACAAAGUGUGUCGCCGGCGUUUGGAACUGCAGCUCCGUCGACUGCUCGGACAAACAGUGUGUAGACGGGUACACGCCCCCUGGGCAGUGCUGUGCCGUCUGCCCCAAUGGUGAGUACUUGAGCCUGGCCAUUCCAUAGUACGUCUUGGCGCGCGGCUCCCUCCAGUUACUGUCAACACAGUCGCUAGGAGGUUCUCCAGAAACAUUAUGUCUAAAUAAAAUUUAAAAAAAAAAACUCCGCUGAGGAUCCAAAAUGAGAUCCUGCAAGCAGGAUCAAUCUUCAGAACUGAGGGAAACAAAGUGUUGGAAAACUUGAAAAACAAAAAACAAAACAACAAAACAACAACAAAAAAAAAAACGCAACAAAACAACCAACAUGUCGGCAAGAAGCCUUUCACCAGCGAGCAGUCUGGAUCAAUCAAAACGACCAAUCUGAUGAUGGUUUUCAUAUCUAAUAACCCGAUCACCCUAGUCCAGUAAAUGCUUAUCGAUUUCAUUUCAAACAACAACAGCAGCAGUUACAUACUGCAAAAACAAAUCCUGUUAUUCUUUUUUUUUUGAAAGAUGAACAAACCAAAACAGAAAUGACAAAUUAUUUUUAAAAAAAAAAAAAAAAACAUUUCGAAGAGUUGACGUGGAACUAUGCCUCCUAAUUUAUAAUUUUUUAAUAUUUAAAAAAAAAAAAAUAUAUCCAUGCACUUAAAUGUUUUAUUGGCCUCUGAAAAGAUUUUAUUUUAUAAUACGUUUUUAAACAUGUACACACAUAUAUAUAUAUAUAAAUAUGUAUGUAUAUAUAUAUAUAUAUAUAUAUAUAUAUAUAUAUUGAGCAGGUCUUUCGAUUGACUCACCGGAUGUCCACUGUUGAGUCAUGACACAUUAGUGUGUUGCAAAUGUUUAAAAGACCUUUAAACAAGACUUUGACGUACACAAACACAAAAUGAUUUUUGCGUUCAAUUUUUUUCUUUAAUCUGAAAAAUAUCUUUAGUAUUAAUAAUAACUACAAAAAAAAUAAUUAUAAUAUGCAGUAAGACAGUUUAAUAAUAUAUUUUGCAAAAUUUUAGCUAGAUAAUAUAUUUUUUUUACUGCUGUACAAAGGAACAAAGGUUGAGAAUCGCUUAGUCUUUAAAAAAAAAAAUAUAUGUAUAUAUAUAUACAUUUUUUUUUCAAAAUGACCACCUCAAAAUUUCUUAAAACUUAAUUCCAGGACCCAAUUGUAAGACGCACGGUGCAACAAUCCCUCUGGACAAAACCGUCACGCUGCCAGACGGGUACACGUGUCGCUGUGCCAGAGACGAAGACAACGACCAGAUGAUGGCCAUGUGCACGCCCCCAAGAUAGAGAACCACUGGUCAAGAUCGUGGAUUGGACUCGUCAAAUGCGUGGUCGUGGAUUUUUCAAAUCAUAACGAGGUCAAUUUAAAAAAAAAAAAAAAUGAUUUUAUUGUGUUCGCGC